AUGGCAUAUCAGCCUACAGGUCACCCAAACGUUCAGGUGAAAUUUCAGGAAUUCUUGGAUGGCUGGCUUAUUCGUCAACAAGACUUGUUUGAUCGGCUUAUUCUUGCAAUCAAACCAGAAAAUAUUCACAAAAGUGAUGAUCAACAUCAAACCCUGAUUGAUGAAGUUUUGUGUCAUUAUAAGCAAUACUAUGAAGAGAAAUCAAUAACAGCUAGAGAAGAUGUGUUUCUCUUCUUUUCUCCACCGUGGUUCACUUCUUUCGAAAGAACUUUCCUCUGGAUUGGUGGGUUUAAACCAUCCUUGGUUUUCAAAAUACUAAACGGCUCUGUCAAGGACAUGACAGACGAGCAACAAAAUAGGAUGGAGAUAGUAAAAGUAGAGACGAAAAGUGAAGAACGAGAGCUAACAGAGACAAUGGCGAUGAUACAAGAAAACAUAGCGGCAGGGCCAUUACUGAUAUCGGCGAGGCGUGCUCAAAAUAUGGUAGAUGGUGAGGCAUCAUCAGAACUAGAGGCGGCCAUGAGAACCCUGCGCAGUGGAAUGGUGGUGGCCUUAGAUACGGCGGAUGGGCUUCGUGCGACGAUAGUGAGGAAGGUUCUGCAGAUUCUGUCACCGAUACAGACAGUUCAGCUUUCGGCGGGAGCCGCUGAAUUUCAAUUAAGAGUUAGAAGAUCAGGUUUGGAGUGGGACAGACAAAGGGUAAAUAGCGAAUAACGGUGGCCCAACUGAUCAUACUGACGGAAAAAGCCCACAAACUUCUGAGAUUUCCUUUCCGUAAGCCUGCUUUUAAUGUUUAU